AGUAAGGCGUCCUUUGUCAUGGUGACGAUAAAAGCUCGUCUCUCAGCAACCACAACCAAACACACUUGAAGCGAAGCGCUAUUACCUGUCGCUACCUCAGAUUCACAUAGAAAACCAGAACAUCCAGAGAGACUACAUAUGAAGUCAUGACCGGCUCAAGAAGUCCAGGGCAGAGACAUUCAUAAAGUCAACCAACAGCAUUAUUUACAAAAAAGCUUCAUUUCCCUGAACCACUCAAUACACACCACAGACCAGGUCAUAAGAUGCAGCCAGCUGAUGAAGCCAGAAAUGUUCUUCAGGGGGUUUACCCGGUGAAUAUGGACCCUGACCUCCAACCUCUGGACUACACAGGACUUCAGUUAGACAACCAUGGGAUGGUUCUUCCACACAGCAUCCUGGGUAGUUUGGAUGAUUUCAGAAGUUAUCUGGAGGCUGAAGGAGAGACCGAGCUGGUGAAACAAAUUCCAGCAUCCCCGAGAGAGUCUACAUCUGAGGCUUCAGGAAGGCCUCACACUGAGGCUGGGAUAAAGAGCCGUGGGAUCCCUUCGUGUUUACGAAACAUUCAGAGUAAUGCUCUGCAGCAUUGGCAAACACAUAUGAGUCAGCGCAGACAGCAACAGGACUUCUUAGCAGGCCUGCUUGACAGGCCAGUGGAAAACCUACUGAUGAACCAAGGGAACCGAUUCAGAGAAACUCAGGAGCAGAGGGAAUUUCUAAACCAAGUUAUGCCUCUGAUCCACUCUGGAUAUGGUUAUCGUGUGGGCAGUGAGUUUUGGAGUCUCCCCACACAUUAUGGAGAUGAGAUGAGUGGCAUAACAGCCACUCUGACUCAGACAGAGCAGGGCAGAAGGGCACCUCUGACACACGUGGGGCAGCCUAGCAGCAUACAGCAGGAAUCAGGAGUAAUGUGUGAUGAAACCCUGCGUCCAGCAUCUUGGACUUGGGGCCAGAGUGCAUACCUGCAGCACCAGCAGGAGGAGCUUAGAGAGAUUCUGCAAGACUUGGACAUCAAAAAGCCGGACAUCAGCCGACUGGAGGUGAUUGGCUCCUGCAAGCCGUUUACUCAUGUCACAGUAUGUCGAAGCCCCUCACUGGAGAAGUGGGAACAAGAAAAGGAGCACAAAAAGAUGAAGAGGAACCUUGAUCCACUGGCACCGUAUGACGAUGUUCACUCAGCAGUCCUCCUUGUUCCAGCUCUGAGGUUCUGCGGUCAGCUCGCAAGCUGGAUCGGAAAUUCUAAGGAUCACCAGGGAGAAGUGGGAAUCAGUGCCACCAUGUUGUUUGAGGCCCUGACAGGAGAAAUAGCCUCCUCCCUCCUGGAGCUGCACAAUGAGGGCAGCGGAGCCAUCUUCUACAGUUGGGAGCAGCUUCGUGUGCCACACAGCUUCCCCAUCCUGCCAUCGCAAACAAACAGUCCACACUUUUACUUCAACUCCUCAUCUGGUGUGAUUCUACCAGGUGAUACCAAGCGGGUGGAGUUCCUUUUUAAGUCAGUCAAGCCAGGCAUCACAACUGAGCUGUGGCAGCUCAACACCCGACCCAUGUUGCUGGGAGGAGCCUCCAUGCAGGUCACUUUGAGAGGAGUCGCCCUGUACCAGGACAAAACCGCAGACCAGAGGCUUUUCAUUGAGACCAAGCUGGAAAAGAUAGUGACGGUUAAACUGUGUCAAUCCAUCGUGAAUGAGAUGCUGCAGAGGGUCCGAUCCCCAGAGAGACCCAGCUCUCCACCAGAGCUCUACAUCACUGAAGAGCAGACGUUUGUGAGCAAAAACCCAAAGCUGCAGUUUCUUGAUGACUCAGUGGAGGACCUGAAGAAACUGUGGCAAGGAGUGAAUCCAGGACACAGCUGGGAUCUUUCUGUGGAUACACUCCGACAGGCUGUGCUGGCUCAGCCCAGUCAGGAAUCAGCUCAAGAAAAGAACCUGGCCCAGCUCAACUCUCUGCUUCUGCAGCUCUCUGAACCACCUGCUCAGAAACACAAACACCAAACAGCAGCUGCUGCAGGGCAGCAGCUGUGGAGGAAACUGCUGGACACGAUGGAUGAUGAGGCCAGGUGGCUCAGAAACAUGCUGGGUCUUCCACAGAGGGACACAUGGAGCAAGAAAAUGGAGGAAUCCGUGAUCUCAGAAGCUAAUGUGGCUGAUAACAAAGAUGAGAUGAGUGAGAAAAAGGAUGGAGUAGCUGCCAAAGAGGAGAGGAGCAGGACAAAGUCCAGCAAUAAAGAAGACAAUAAAGGCGUGUCCAAAUCAGCAGGGACGGACAAACAAGCGGAGGAGAGCAAGAAGGGGAAAAGAAGGGAUGAAGUGGGGAAACGCUCCAGGGGAAAAAAGGGGAAUGAAUCACCCUCGCUGACUGGCACACAGACAGAGAACGUCAGUCAGCAAACUCCUGAAGCUGAGCCGACCGAGGAGCCAGAGGUGAUGGAAAUAUACACGAGGCUCCUGCACAGAAAGGUUUAUGCUCGGAUUGAAGACCUGGUGGACAGCCUGUGUGACCUGAUGGAUGAUCUUCAUCACAGAGAUGAUCUGAGCUCCUGAAAGGCAGACACCAGAGCGCACUAAACUUAGAGUUACAGGCUUACUUUACAUGAAAUCAAUAAACUUUUAGUUUUGGUUGAGCA